AUGAGCAAUUAUGAUCCAGAUGCUCCCUUUGAAGGACGUCUUGGUUCUAUUAUGCCAAGAAGACGGAGUAAUAUGGUCAAUAAAAAUGCAAAAAUGAAAUUUAUACCAAAACUUAGUUUUAGAAAGAAAGAAGAAAAGGAAAUUUUAAAUAAUCCAUUAAAAAAGGAAAAAUUUCAAUCAAUAUUUGAAAAGGAAGAGAUAUUAUUAGAUUUAAAAAAGACGAAUGAUGAAAAAGUUAAAGUAGAAAAUGAAUCGAAAGAUUAUUUAAAUAUACAUGGACAUUCAUCAAUGGAUUCCUCUGAAUUGGCUAUUAUACCUCAAAGGAAUAUUAUGGAAAAAGAAAUAAAUUUUGAUGAGGAAACUGAAUUAUUUGAAAGUGAUGAGGAUGGUGUUUCCAAAAUUAAUAUGGAAAAAUUAAAUAUAAUUGCUAGUAAUAAUCUUUAUAGUGGAAUGUUACCAGUAUCUAGUUUCUUUGUUAAUUCUGGAAAUAAUUUUAUACAAAUGAAGAAAGAUGAUUUAUAUAAUUCAACAUUGAAAGGAAGAAAUGAAUUAGAAAUGCAAAUAUCGAUUCCGAAGGAUGAGUCUAAGAACGUUUACAUAAAAGAAAUUAAGUCAGAUUCUACUCAUCAUACUUUAUUGACUUCUGAAAUUCAAGAAAAUACUUUUAAAUCUGUAGUUCGUUCUUUAAAUGAUACAAAUAUUUGUAACAAUGUUUUACCUGAAAAUCAAGAGAAAAAGCAGAUAUUGGACGAUUUUAACUUAUUAAAACAUCAGUUUCUUGACGAAUUAACUAAUGAUACUAAAAAUUCAAAUGAAUUACUCUUUUUUCAAUUUCCGCCGAUAUUACCAAUAUUAUUCAAAUCAGAUGAUAUGAAAAUAGAAGAAACGGAUGUUAAAAUUGAAGAGCCAGAAAUUAAAAUUGAAGAAACUGAAGUUAAAAUUGAGGACUUUGAAAUUAAAGAUAUAAAUAUGGUUUCAAAACAAAAUAAUAUUUAUCAAACUUCUUUGAAUCAUAAUAUUAAAUCUAAGAAUGAAUCUACGGAAUUACUUUCAUUGCCAUGUUCUGAUCAACCUAAUACAUUAACACAAUGGUCUCUGCCUAAUGGAUGUAUUGGGCAAUUAAAAAUUCAUCAGUCAGGAAAAACAACAAUAGUAUGGGGAGGGAUUGAAAUGAAUGUUAGCAUAGGAAGUGAAUGUAAGUUUCUACAAGAUAUUGUUGCUAUAGACUAUAAAAUAAAUCAAAAAGCAUGGUUAAUGGGCAAAAUAAAACACAAAUAUAUAGUAACUCCCGAUAUAGAUCAGCUAAUUAAAUAA